GAAUAUGAAACCAAACCAAAUUCAAAUUUGGCUUUCUUUUCUGUUUGUGUAAACUGAAUUUGGUCCAGUUUGCAAACCAGAAAAUUAAAACCUAGAAAGCCCAACCAAGUACACCAAACAAACUGAAAAUCGAACUGAAGAACAUGCCUAGCUGGUAUUAAAUAUUUGUUUUACAGUAUUCUAGCUAAUUGUGUUUUUCUUAUCAUAUUCCAGGGUUUCCCUACGUUCAUGGGUUUGUUGCAAGCAUAUUUGAAAAUUAACACAUCAAAACUCUCGCCAGAUGCCUUUCGUCAUAACAUUAGAGGAAGACUUAUUUAUAAUGUUUUCCCGGUGACUCUCGUUCAACCUCGUUGUGUUCUUCUGGACCAAAAUCACCUCGAGCUCUUGAACUUCUGGACGUGGCGGUAUGUGGUGAUUCGCCUUGUCUGCACCGUUCUCAUGAUAGCUUUUCAGCUCUGUGGGAUGUAUCCUCUUUGGGUUAACUGGGUGUUCUUCUUUAUCUUUAAUGUAUCGGCUUCAAUGGCAUAUUACACUGCUUAUGCUUUCUACCGAGCAUUUGUUCAAGAUUUCCCACGUUCGUCUUAUCGUGGGUUCCGUCAUUUCAAAUGGAUCUUCUUUGUCUGCUUUUGGCAGGAGGGUUGAUUCACUUUAGAGACGGUGCGAAUUCACAAUAUGUGACAUCCACCGCAUUUCUUUUCUAUUUGUCGGCUAAACACAAUAUUCAAGUCACUUGUGGUGAUAAAAACGCAAGGGUUUUGCUAAACAAGAGGUACGUGUAUAUUUAUAGUUGCUCGACUAGAUGCCAAAUGUUAGGCGGAAAUAAGAUUGUUGCUUGUGUAGAGCCUGGUUUAAACAUGUUUAACUACAAAUAACACGAAACAUAACAUACGGAUCAAUGCAAUACACUUUCUUGUCACUCAUCCUAACAUAUAUACCAAAUUAA